AUGGAAGGAAGACUAAAAGCUAUACGAGCCGGCAACAGAUCAGCAGUUACAAAGCUAUUUGGACGGUUUUUGGACUUGAAGGAAAAUCCAGCCAGUGAAGAAAUUACCGAGGAAAUCAACAUAAUUAGAAAGUCUCUCGCGCUGAAAAGGCAGACCCUACACGAAUUGAACGACCGCAUAUUGGAUAUUCCAUCUGAAGAGGACAUCGAAACAGAAAUCGCAAAUACAGAUGAGUACAUGUAUGAAUUAGACUCAGCACAAACAAUAGCAGGAUUUGCGCUUACAAAUGCUAAUUACGAAACGGCAAUAGACUUGCUCAAAGAACGAUUUGGUCAGCCACAGAAAAUUAUUAACGCUCAUAUGAGAGCACUCAUCGAACUUCCUUCCCCCAGAAAUGAUGCCAUUAGUUUAAGAAAUUAUGGAGAUUUCUUGGAAUCUCAUGUCAGGUGCUUAGAGUGUCUAGGACAAAGACAAGAGAUGUUUGGAGCAUUGCUUAUUCCAGUCAUAUUCAACAAGCUACCAUCUGAAAUUGGGAAAAACAUUGCACGUGAGUACGAUGGUGACAACAUUUCACUACAAAAUCUUCGUAAAGCUAUCAGCAAAGAAGUCAAAAUCCUUGAAUCAGGCCAGAUUGAAAAUAGUGAUGGAUUUCACGCAACAGCAAUGUUUCUUACUGGAGCCUCAAAGAAACAACGCAACGUUCAUUAUUCACGUAAUCAGAAAACAAGAGGGUCAACUCCUCAUGUUGAAACAACAGAGAUGAAGAGCCGCCCAUGCAUUUAUUGUUGCACAGAGAAUCAUUUUCCAGGGGAUUGUAAGAAAGUUACAGACGUAAGUACAAGAUUCGACAUCUUAAACGGAAGAAAUUAUGUUUCAACUGCUUGGGAAACCACCGCGCCUCAGAUUGUAAAUCCCGCAACAGGUGUAAAAAGUGUCAGAAAAAACACCACACAAGUAUAUGCGACAUGA